AUGAGCGACGCAAGCAGCAUGAGGAGACCUGUGGAAAUCCAGGAAUUCAAGGCGGUCAUCAAGGACCUGCCCGAAGGGCAGCUGGCCAAGAUCAGAAGCGAGCUCGAGAACAGCAUGCGGCACCUGGACCGCUCCAACCUGCGCCUGAAGAAGUACAUCGCCAAGAUAGAAGGUAAGCGCGAGGACACGCCGGACGGCGUGGAUCAGGAGGAGCUCGACAAGGUAGACGCCAACGACCUCCAGCUGUUCCAAGACUCGUUCCGUGAGAACGAGAUAGUGCUGCGGAACCACUACGAGCGCCUGGAAGCGCUGGACCUGGAGGAGUCGUACCGCCAACGCGGCGCGCGCAGCGCGCCCUCCGCUGCGUCGGGCUCCUCACAAUCGCACACGUCGCGGGCGCCGGCCUUCGACUCCGACAACACGGGCGGCGACACAAACGCGCCAAACAGCGUGUAUUUGUGA